AUGUCAGGAAGAGGCAAAGGUGGUAAGGGACUCGGGAAAGGAGGCGCUAAGCGCCACAGGAAGGUGCUGCGGGACAACAUCCAGGGCAUCACGAAGCCUGCCAUUCGCCGUCUCGCUCGCAGAGGUGGCGUGAAGCGCAUUUCUGGCCUCAUCUACGAGGAGACCCGUGGGGUGCUGAAGGUCUUUCUAGAGAAUGUGAUCCGGGACGCCGUCACUUACACCGAGCACGCCAAGAGGAAGACUGUCACAGCUAUGGAUGUGGUCUAUGCUCUCAAGCGCCAGGGCCGCACUCUAACGGCAGCUCUCCAUCAUUUCAUUCUACAGACGUUAGAGAUGGCCAGGACCAAGCAAACAGCGCGUAAAUCCACUGGCGGCAAAGCGCCCCGCAAGCAGCUGGCAACCAAAGCCGCCCGGAAGAGCGCCCCAGCUACCGGCGGUGUAAAGAAGCCUCACCGUUACCGACCAGGGACCGUUGCUCUUCGGGAGAUCCGCCGCUACCAGAAGUCCACUGAGCUGCUGAUCCGCAAGCUGCCCUUCCAGCGUCUGGUGCGUGAGAUCGCCCAGGACUUCAAGACUGACCUGCGCUUCCAGAGCUCCGCCGUCAUGGCCCUGCAAGAGGCCAGCGAGGCUUAUCUGGUGGGGCUCUUCGAGGACACCAACCUGUGCGCCAUCCACGCCAAGAGGGUGACCAUCAUGCCCAAAGACAUCCAGCUGGCCCGCAGGAUCCGGGGGGAGAGGCAGCACGGCCUGGAUGUUGGGCAGAACGCCAAGAACUCCCUGGGCGAUGGUCACCCCACCGAGCAGCUUGUUGAGCGCUUCGUCGUUGCGCACAGCCAGCUGCAGGUGGCGGGGGAUGAUGCGGUGUUUUAUGGCGGCAUUCCGAUGUUUGCCGCCAUCGAAUGGAAAGAAUGUGAUGGUCUUCCGAUGGUUACCUUACUUAAAUUGCGCUGCCUCUGCUCCUGUAUUGCUGCUGUCCCUGCAUCGGGGAAACAGCUUGGGCAGCUAAGUGAGGCGUUACUUAUUCUCACUGAUCGCAAUCCGUUUGAGAAGAUGUCAGGCAGAGGCAAAGGCGGAAAGGGGCUCGGGAAAGGAGGUGCUAAGCGUCACAGGAAGGUUCUCCAAGAUAACAUCCAGGGCAUAACAAAGCCUGCCAUCCGCCGUCUAGCACGAGAAGGAGGCGUGAAGCGCAUCUCUGGCCUCAUCUAUGAGGAGACCCGCGGGGUGCUGAAAGUGUUUCUGGAGAACGUGAUCCGGGACGCCGUCACUUACACCGAGCACGCCAAGAGGAAGACUGUCACCGCUAUGGAUGUGGUCUAUGCUCUCAAGCGCCAGGGACGCACUCUGUAUGGAUUCGGAGGCUGA